AUGGCGCACUCGAGAGCCGGGCCGAGCGGUCACUCCGUCCGUGCUAGAAGCUGCAGGUCGCGGCGGCGGGGGUGGAGCUCCGAACUUUACCGACGGGGAGGAGCGGCCGGUGGGCGCGGCGGCGACUGGGGGCGGAGAAGCCAGGCUGAGCCCGCCCCUUCCGUGUCUGGGGAGCUGCGCGCCGAGUUGGUGGAACUUCAUGUUUUUUAUGUCCCUGAAGGAUCGUGGAACUAUAAAUUAAAUACUAUUUCAAUAGAAGGUAUUAAUAAAUUUAUUUCUGCUGGAUUUAUAAGAAUAUCUCCUCAGCUUACUUUACAAGCCCUGAGGGAGCACCUUGGUGAAUUUCUUGGUGUAGCUGCUGUUGCAGAAAAAUUUUUAUUUCUGAAAUUCAUUGGAAAUAACUUAGCUGUGGUAAAGGAAAAGCAAGAAUCAGAAUUAAAACUCAGUUCAUUUGCUCCUCCCUAUGCUCUUCAACCAGAAUUAUACUUACUUCCUGUAAUAGAUCACUUAGGAAACGUUUAUUCAGCAUCAUUAACAGUUACUUUAGAUGAACAGCAGACUACUAAUGACAGCACUGAGAUUAACGGGACAGUUCACAGAAUACCUAAUGUGACGUUGUCAAAGGAUGAACCUGAAAGAGAUCCAAGUUUCUUGGAAAAUACUUGGAAAGACUUUUCAAAUCAGGAUGAAGCUGAAGGAAAAGCCACUCCAAAAGAAAGCCAGACUACACAAAAUCACAUUGGAAGCCCUGAGUUUCCAGGAUCAUUGGAAGAGUCAAAUGAUUAUUUUAAGAACUUAAAGAGUUCAUUUAUUUGGAAAGAUGAUGAUGACAGAACCAUCAGUAGAAGGCAGGCCAACCAGGUAGAUGAAAAGGAGGACUUUGCCCUACCAGACUUUAUUGAUUUUCCUUCAGUUCCUUGUCAACGUGGUAUUUCUUCACGGUUAACUGAUACCUCUUUAUUACAAAUUAAGAGAGAGAAGAUUAUUGAACAAAUGAAACAAGUAAAGGAAGAAAGAAGAUACCUGGAAAAUGUUAGAGAAGAACUAGUAAAAAAAAUUGAAAAACUAUUUGCACAAAACAAAUUGAAACGAUAUCAAGCUUGUAAUAGCUGGAAGAAAAAAUACUUUGAAACCAAGAAAAUCACAGCAUCAUUGGAGGAGGUUUUAACAAAACUUCAAGAAGAUUUGGAACUUCACUAUAAAAAAUUGCUUUUGCAACUUGAAGCCAGAGAGAUCAAGAUGAGACCAAGGAAUCUGGCAAACAUCUCAGACUCUAAAAAUUACCUUAUAAUCCAGAUCACUGAGGUACAGCAUGCAAUUGACCAACUUAAGAGAAAAUUGGAUACUGAUAAAAUGAAACUGUUAGAAGUUAAGAUGAGAAAACAAGCAGUUUCAGAUUUACAAACAUUGAAAGCUGAGCUAACAUGGAAGAAAACUAGUACAUCUUUCCGAUCUCCAUUAGGUAUGUUCAUUUAACUUGUCUCUAGAAAAGUUUAAAUAUUUAGUUAACAGUUCCUUAGCAAUGUUUUAUGUAAGUCAUAAAGUCUAUGCAUCUGUUAAUAAGUUUUUAAAAAAUAAGAUUUAGCUGGGCGUGGUGGUGCACGCCUUUAAUCCCAGCACUCUGGAGGCAGAGGCAGGCAGAUCUCUGUGAGUUCAAGGCCAGCCUGGUCUACACAGUGAAUUCCAGGACAGCUGGGGCUACAGGGAGACCCUGUCUCAAAAAGACCAAAAAACAAACAAACAAACAAAAAGAUUUAAUCUUUACUUUUUGUGUAGGUAUUACAAAGUACAGCAUAAAUCUAAAUUAUGGCUGCUUAAUUUGAAGAUUUUUGAGUCUAUUACCUAUUGCUUUGCAGUGUUAUAUUCUAUAAUUGCUUAUUUUUAAUAACCCUACAUUUUAAAGGCUAACUUUAAAGACUUUAAAUUAUAAAGCAAACCAUAUAUUUUAAUAAGUACCAGUAUAUUUGCAUGGAAAUAGAUUUGUUAACUAUUUUUUGAUUAAAAGUAAUUACACCUACAGGCAUGACAAAUUCUUAUCUAACAAUUUGAUUUAUGUUGAUUUACUUUAGAAAUUAAUUUAGAAAUGUAAAAUGAGUUUUAGAAAUAUAGUUAUUCAAAAUGUACUAUAGAAAUAAUCUUACUCUGUUAUAAACAACUAUGUUUAUAACAUAAUAUUCUCAUAUCAAAUGGUUGAAGCAUUAAUUAAUCCAAUGUGGAGGGGAUGAUGGGCAGAAAAGACAGGAUUUAUGUAAACAGAAUUCAAAGGACACAAGUACUUUACAUAUUUCCAGGAAGGCAUUUAAACAAUGCAGUGUUGCUCUUAAUUGCCUUGAGAAAGAGAACAAAGACUGCUUUACAUUUAGACAUGUAUUUUCAUAAAAUUAAUCUUUUUAGAAAAGGGAACAAGUUGAGAAACUGUUUGUAGAUAACCUAAAAGCAAAAUAUAGAUGUAGAAGAAGUUAACCUAAGUGUCCAAAAGUGAAGGAAUAUGCAUAAUUUAGAAUCAUAACAGUGAAUAGUACUAAGUUCAACACCAGGUUAUUAUUGUAAAAAAUGUACACACAGCCAGGUGCAGUGGCACACACCUUUAAUCACAGUACUCCGGGGGCAGAGGCAGGUGGAUCUCUGUGGGGUGGAGGCCAUCUUCGUCUCCACAGCCAGUUCCAGACCAGUUAAGGCUCUGUCUCAAAAGAAAAACAUAUUAGACAUAAAUUUUUUAAAGCUUAUAAAGCUUAUAAAAGUAAUUUAGUUGAAAAACAUUAGGUGGCUUUAAUUUAUUAACUCAGAAUAUUACUAAGUUAUCUUGUAUAUUCUAAGCACAUUUAAUUCAUAUGCCUAUCUUUACUUGUUCAUUAUCUGGAAGUUUAAGAGACUUUAAUUCAAGUAUCUCAUGGAACAUUUGCAUUUUCUUUAAGGAGUCCAGAAGCAGAAAAAUUGUUUCUAAUCAGUUUGAUUAAUCUAAAGGGGAGAUACUAAAUUCCUGACUCUAAAUUUUAAGAUUUGUUGAAAAAAAGUAAUACAAAGCAAACUGUUUUCAAAGGCUAAGUUUUAAAGACUGUUCUAAGCAAAAAAUUUCCACUUCAAGUUACACAUAAUUUUUGUCAGUGCUUUAUUAAUAUAUGUUAAUUUCACAAAAUAAUGUGUUUCAUUAUAUAUUUUAAUUUCAGGAGGGAAAAUAUGGCAAAAGAAAAAUCUAAAAGCAAUUUUUCUAAUUAAAUUAUAAUGUUGAAACAGAGAAAUAUAUUAAGUUGACUUGUUUCUUGCUUUUAAAUUCCUGGAUAUUUAAGAUACAGAUUUUUCAUAUAUAAAGAAUUUCUUCAUUUUUUUACCUGUUUAUUGAGUAUACUAAGAAGUAGAGUUAUGGCAACUUGACAAAAUAUAUACAUUUUUAUCUCUUCAACAAGUUAGAUCUAUUUAUACAGACCAUUCUUGUAAAUCUUAA